AUGCGGGCGGGAGCAGAUGGCCAGGAGGCGGCCCCCACGCCCACCAGCCAGUCUGCGGCCCCGACACUAAAGGAGAUGGAUGGGGUCACGGGAGACAGGGUCAACGGCAGCAGCGGCAGCAGCAGCAGCAGCAGCAGCAUGAGCAGCGCGGUGGAGUCGGAGCCCGAGCCGAGAGACUCUGCGGGCGCGGCGGCCCCCGACGCAGACCCCGGCCGGGCGGCCGUGGCCUUGGCCUACCAGCGCUUCGAGCCUCGCGCCUACCUGCGCAACAACCACGCGCCCCCUCGCGGGGAUCUGAGCAACCCCGACGGCGUCGGGCCCUGGAAGCUGCGCUGCUUGGCACAGACCUUCGCCACUGGUGAGGUGUCAGGCCGCACUCUCAUCGACAUCGGCUCCGGCCCCACCGUCUACCAGCUGCUCAGCGCCUGUGCCCACUUUGAGGACAUCACCAUGACGGACUUCCUGGAGGUGAACCGCCGGGAGCUGGGCCUCUGGCUGCGGGAGGAGCCGGGCGCCUUCGACUGGAGCCCCUACAGCCGGCAUGUCUGCCUCAUCGAGGACAAGGGCGAGUCCUGGCAAGAGAAGGAGCGGCAGCUCCGAGCCCGAGUCAGGCGGGUCCUGCCCAUCGAUGUGCACCAGCCGCAGCCUCUGGGCGCUGGGGACCGGGCGCCCCUGCCAGCCGAUGCCCUGGUCUCCACCUUCUGCCUGGAGGCUGUGAGUCCAGACCUUGCCAGCUUCCAGCGGGCCCUGGACCACAUCACCACGCUGCUGAAGCCCGGGGGGCACCUUCUCCUCAUCGGGGGCCUGGAGGAGUCGUGGUACCUCGCAGGGGAGGCCAGGCUGGCGGUGGUGCCCGUGGGCGAAGAGGAGGUACGGGCGGCGUUGGGGCGCAGCGGCUAUGCGGUGCGGGACCUGCGCACCUACGUCAUGCCCGCCCACCUCCGCACAGGUGUAGACGACGUCAAGGGCAUCUUCUUCGCCUGGGCCCAGAAGGGGGUGUGAGCACGCAGCCCCCAACUCCCUGUCACACCUAAUAAAGAAAUGAGGCUCUCUG